CUGACCGAGAAAUCGAGGCGUUCUACAAGGUCAUGUAUGCGAGCCCGAUUCACUUAAUUUGGGAGCUUUCCAAACUGGGGAAGUUUGAUCUUGAGAUGUUGCAUGAGUUCUUCGACGAAUGGGAGCAAGAGCAGACUCUUAUCUGGCCUCUGUCUUGGUUAUGCCUAUCCCUGGAGCUCGGCGUUACUGAAGCGUAUUAGGUACGGUGGCACGCUCGUUAUUGGUGAGAAGGAGAAGCAUCUUGAACUCCUCCUAAGGUGCUUGGCUCCGUCACCGUCGACUGGGGAUAUGCUAUCCUCGGAAUUCGCCAUUGUGCUUCCAAUCUCGACCAUGAAUCUCGCUAUACUUGCUGAAAAUCGUCCGCAGUUUACUCGUUUGAGACUUACGAGUGUUCCCACUGCAUCCGGAACCGAGAAUGUUUCAGAUUGGCACUUCCUGAAAGCCUACGAAAUGUCAAACACUUCAUGUGAGCUAUCAAUCGAUACUGAAGGUGUCGGUCCUCGUUACCCUACUCGUUCGUCACUUCACCAUCUCUUCUCCUUGAGGUCUCUCCGCAUUCUCACACUCAAUCUCGACACCGUGGAUUGGCAGGACGGUACGCCAAAAGAUAAACCCUGCGUCCCGUUAUCCGCAUCGUUUACGGCCAACGCGCUAGUUGAAUUUCUCCAACCCCUACCAAUAACCCAUCUUCGUCUUCGGGGAGGAGCAGUAUGCGCCACGUUCCUCACGGUCUACAAGCACCACGUACGAUGUUCCUCUCUCAUCAGCUGGGAAUGGCGGAAUAUUCAUUACUUCUCUGAUGGUCACACAUGGUGGUUCCCGAGUGCGCAAAUGGAUAAGGAGCUUGCCGAUAUGACUCAGGUUCUUAGGGCUGGUUAUGGUAUGAGGAUGGAUUGGUCGUCACAGGUGGUUGCUUAUGGGAAGAAGAGUGGGCAUGAGAAGUAUGGGUUGGCUCCGGAUUUUAGAGAGUGUAUGACGGAGGCUGCGGAGAAGCAUGCGAAGGUUCAGAAGGAGGAAAGGGAGAGGUUGGCUGAGGAGGAGGGGGCGCUGGUACUGGGGGUGGAUAUGGAUACGGGAGCGGUUCAGGCGCAGUGAGAUGAGCAGAACUCGGAGAACUGAUGGCUUCAUGACAAAAGGAAGUGAUAUUGAUGAGGAGGUUUGUUUGGAUGAUACCUGGAAUAGAGCCUUAUCGGGC